UGUUGCGUUCCGGGUGAAACACGUGGGCCUCAACCCUGCAACGUCCGCAUGGUCACGGCGAGAGGAGCGCUACGCGAGUUUACUUUCUAACGUUUCUAACGCAACAUUCUCAACGUCGCACACACAGCAACAACAACAACAACCCCCCACACACACACACACGGCUAUGGGGAAGAAGAAGCAGGGUCCAAACUUGGGCCGAUCUAUAAUCAAAGACAGGAACAAUGCGAGCCGAACGCAGCGCAAGAACGACUCGUGGCUGCACACGAGCGAGCUGAACGACGGCUAUGACUGGGGCCGCCUGAACCUGCAGUCGGUGACCGAGCAGAGCGCGCUCGAUGAGUUCCUCAGCACCGCCGAGCUCGCCGGCACGGAGUUCACGGCAGAGAAGCUGAACAUCAAGGUGGUGUCUGAAGUCGCACGGACGGGCGUGCUUUCGGACGAGGAGAGUCAGAAGAUGAAGCUGCUUCAUGAAAGCAACAAGCACUUCCUGAACAUCCCACGACGACCCCGCUGGGACGCGUCCACCACCACUGAGGCGUUGCAACUGAACGAGCGGGAGGACUUCCUGGCGUGGCGCCGCCAGCUCGCCAUGCUCCAGGAGAAAGAGGAACUCAUUCUCACUCCAUUUGAGCGGAACCUUGACUUCUGGAGGCAGCUGUGGAGAGUCAUCGAACGGAGUGACGUUGUUGUUCAGAUUGUGGAUGCAAGAAAUCCACUCCUGUUCAGGUGUGAAGAUCUGGAGCGGUACGUCAAGGAGGUAUCUCCGCACAAGGACAACCUCAUCCUGGUGAACAAGGCCGACCUGCUCUCCGAGGGCCAGCGCCAGGUGUGGGCCGACUUCUUCGAGGCGCAGGACGUGCGCGUCGUCUUCUGGUCUGCGCUGCACGAGGCCAAGCGGCUGGAGGCCGAGGCACAGGGCUUGGACGAGUAUGAACAACAAGAGACAGAGGGAGAUGGCUCCGACCUCAGCGAGGAGGACACCGAGCCGGAAGAUGGCACGAGGGAAGAGGAGGAGAAGGACGACGGAGGACAGGACGAGGCCAGAACAGCCGAAAAAGAUGGCGAAGAUCUCACGGAUGGCUGGGAGACGUGCGAUGAAGAUGACAGUGAUUUCAAGUCAGUGACCGACGGCGAGGAAUCGUGGCAGGACCUGGGCAUGGAGGAGAGCGCCAGCGCGCCGAGGGCACGUUCGCCCGUCAAGAACUCGAGUCGCUUGCUCCACCAGGACGAGCUGCUGCUCGUCUUCAGGAACUUCCACGUGGGACCAAAAGUGAAGCGAGGGCAGACGACUAUCGGACUGGUUGGCUACCCCAACGUUGGCAAGAGUUCCACCAUAAACACGAUCCUGCAAAACAAGAAGGUCCCAGUGUCGGCAACACCGGGGCGGACCAAACACUUCCAGACGCUGUUUGUCGACUCCGACCUGUGCCUGUGCGACUGCCCGGGGCUCGUCAUGCCUUCGUUCGUGUCCACCAAGGCGGAGAUGGCCUGCAGCGGCAUUCUUCCCAUCGACCAGAUGAGGGACCACGUGCCUCCCGUCUCCCUCGUUUGUCAGCAUAUACCCCGGGCCGUGUUGGAAGCCACCUACGGCAUCAACAUUGUGCGGCCACGGGAGGACGAGGACCCGGACCGCCCCCCGACUUCGGAGGAGCUGCUUUCCGCCUACGGAUACAUGAGAGGUUACAUGACAGCACACGGACAGCCUGACCAGCCCAGAUCUGCCCGCUACAUCUUGAAAGAUUACGUUAAUGGUAAGCUGUUGUUUUGUUACCCUCCGCCUGGCUUCGACGUCAAAGCCUUCCAGCACCAGCACAUGGCCAUUUUGAGUCCGGAUCAACCAACAACAGCUUCUGGUUCCCAGGGCUCCAAGCCCAAAGUUUCCAAAGCCAAGUGCAUUGUCAACGAAGUGGACAAAAGCUUCUUCCAUCAGGACAACGUCAGGGCAUUCACCAAGGGCGUGCGGGGCUUGAUGGGUCCACAUCCGGGCGGAGCGGUGCCGCACGCUGCCAACGCCACCCCGGCUGCCCCUGCCGCCGAGGGGAAGCCCUGGAAGAAGCAUGGCAACCGCAACAAGAAGGAGAAAGUGCGACGUCUGUGCAAACACCUGGACAACUGAGAGAUGCGAUGCUGCGCCUCCCACUGAUGACGACACAAAGGGAACUCAAAGAAGCUACCCGCUCGCUGGAUCCGCUUGUCCACAACCCAACGUGUGACGUGUUUGCUUGUUAGAUUGAACGAGUGUGUGGAUGUAUGUUGAACUUUGUUCGCACCGUACGUAGCCAACUGUGCUAAUUGGAGGUGCGGGGGAAGGACAACAAACUAAACACAAAAAGCAGUUCUAAAGAAAUGAGUUUGUCGCAUAAUUUGUGGAUUGUUGAGUGAAUGUAUGCGCCUUUGUUGAUCCACUGCUGGAUGAAGGCAGGUCUCCCUACGCCGUGUCGGUAACACAGGUUAUAUGACCAUACUUCACCACGUUGGUCGUCGUGGAGACUUAUAGGCAAUGAGAGGAAACAGGCUUUCGUUCCUCUAUCCAAAUAACGGUAGAAUACUUUUGAGUCCAUCGUUCAGCCAGCCCAAUGGCUUUCCAAACUUGUAUUAUCCGGCCAGGCAAACAUAAGUAUCUAGCUGUGUGAGUGAAUAGAAUCCCGGUUUAUCAAAGCUAGCUGUGAGCAAUUGUUUCACACUUGUCUAACAUGUACGUUUUUAUUUUCUGUAUUUAGUGAGAACCUUAAUUUGGAUUUUUAUUUUUUAUAUGCACAGUGUUUUGUUUGCCCUCGGAGGUACGCGAAACCACAGGCAAGGGGGGAGGCAGCCAGAACCGGCGUCAACAAUUGCCCAAGCUCUGUGGCCCUAUAUUGGGAUGUUUGGCCAACUCCAUUUGAGUUUUUAUACACGUGGAAGGAAACCGGAGCAUCUCGUGAAAACUACAGCAUGGGAGAGUAGC